UGCAUUUAGCAGACGCUUUUAUCCAAAGCGACUUACAUUGCAUUCAAGUUACAGUUUUACAUUUUAUCAGCUCUUGCUUUCCCUGGGAAUCGAACCCAUGAUCUUGGCGUUGCUAGCGCCAUGCUCUACUAUUUGAGCUACAGGAAAGCUUUUAUUAAGAGUAUUAUUUAAGAGUUUAUUAAAGAGGACAGAGAGAAGAUGAGAGAUCCAGAGCCCUGCAGAAUCAAACACACUGAAGAUACUGAACAACAAACAGAGAUCAAGAGUGAAGAACUGAGUGAAGUGGAGGAGAAACAUCAUGACAAACCUGGAGAAAAACCUUUGAGUCACUCAAAGACUAAAAAUACAUUUUUAAAGAAAAGAGCCAAGAAAUCUUUCACCUGCACUCAGUGUGGAAAGAGUUUCCCAUUCAAGCAAAGUCUUGAAUUUCACAUGAGAGUUCACACCGGAGAGAAACCGUUCACGUGUGAUCAGUGCGGGAAGAGCUUCACACAAAAAGUACACCUUAAAAAUCACAUGUGGAUCCACACCGGAGAGAAGCCAUUCACAUGUGAUCAGUGCGGGAAGAGCUUCACGCAAUCAACACACCUUAAAGGGCACAUGAGAAUCCACACUGGAGAGAAACCAUUCAUGUGUGAUCAGUGUGAAAAAAGUUUCACAUACAAACAAAAUCUAAAUAUUCACAUGAGGAUCCACACCGGAGAGAAGCCGCACGCAUGUGAUCAAUGCGGCAAAACAUUUCUUAGUGCAUCAAACCUGAAGAUACACCUGACAGUUCAUAUGAAGGAGAAGCCGCAUUCAUGUUCUGUGUGUGCAAAGAGUUUUUCACGGCUGCAAAGUUUAAAAGUACAUCAGAAAAUACAUAGUGAUGUGAGAGAGUACGUGUGCUUUGAGUGUGGGAAAACCUUUACUUCAGCAUACAGUUUAAAACAACACCAGAGGAUCCACACUGGAGAGAAACCUCAUAAGUGUUCACACUGUGACAAGACAUUCAGUGUGUCAUCAAAUCUGAAAAGACAUGAGAGGAUUCACAGCAGAGAGAAGCCACAAACAUAUGAUCAGUGCGGAAAGACUUUCUCUUCUAAAAGUCACCUGAAGAUACACAUGACCAGAUCACCACAGUCUGAGAUCACAGUUAGUAGUUCAUGUUUAUGUCCUUAAAAACAAGGUGUCUUCUGUGGAAGAGCUGUGAUGAGCGACAGGCCAUUUUGUUGGUUGCUUGGUAUCUGCUUCUCACAUUGUUAUGAAGUAUUGAGUUGUAAUUAACUCUUUCCCCGUCAGUGUUUUGGAAAAAAGUUACCAGCCACCGCCAGCAUUUUUGAGCAUUUUCACUAGGGCUGUGAUGGUCGCCGUGACAACCGCGGUUCACGGUGGUCUGUUGCCACCAGCUGUAGUGCACGUGACGUCACACACUCUAUAACAAGCAUAAUACAAAGUUUUGUGUACAAGUGUAAUAAUAGUAACAGUUGCAAAUAGUUUUAUUUAGACUAUAAAUCUAUGCUAAUUCACAAAUUACCUCAAACACCAUACACGGCGUUUUCUUUAGAUUGGCAGGUUUGAGUGCAGGAAAAUACAGUUUAUUCUGCAUUCAGCAAAUUUAUUUUGUGAUGAGCAAUGGACCUUGUUGGGAAACCAAAUACUACAUCGCCGAUCUGGAAUUAUUUCCAUUCAUGUCACCCAUCCAUGUUUGUACAAGUGUCUUCAAGUUCUGAUCGCAAAUGCCCGGCUGGUUGGGUUUGUAUUGGUGAGGCUUUCUCCAAACUGGCCAAAUACGAACGAGACAGCGGUAAAUGGAAGAUGUUAACAAAACAUACGCUGCGAUUCCUAUUCCACAUUCCCGCUUGCUUGGUGGCGGAACAGUGAACCGUGUCUAAACCGGUCGCCGCAUCGCAACACAACAGGUCGAGUCUGUCUACACAGGACAUUUGAACUUUGUGUCAGUAUGUCAUAAAUAGGACGAGGCAGUUUACUGUGAGGGAUUUGUCGUGUCGUAUCGCGCCGCAUCUAGUGUAGACAGCAUUACUUAUUAUACUGAACAAAAUUAUAAACGCAACACUUUUGUUUUUGCCCCCAUUUUUCAUGAGCUGAACUUAAAGAUCUAAGACUUUUUCUAUGUACACAAAAGGCCUAUUUCUCUCAAAUAUUGUUCACAAAUCUGUCUAAAUCUGUGUUAGUGAGCACUUCUCCUUUGCCGAGAUACUCCAUCCACCUCACAGGUGUGGCAUAUCAAGAUGAUGAUUAGACAGCAUGAUUAUUGCACAGGUGUGCCUUAGGCUGGCCACAAUAAAUCCCUCCAACGUUACACUAUAAAUUAAAAAUUGAUAUCAAUUAAAAAAGUCUGUAAAAAUGUUAUCUCAAAGUUGUAUAGACCUAUUUCAAGUAGAAGUCACAGUUACGUCACUGCAAGCUGCGCGCGCAUAGUCGUGGCAGAAAAAAAGUGGAAGCGAAUUACACACGAGUGAAACAGGCAACACAACCCACUAGAAAAUGUCUUGUUGUGCUGUUGGGUGUCAGAAUAGGAAUGCCGAAAAAGAUGGCCUUCAUUUUUAUAGAAUACCCUCGUCGAAGACACCAUUUGAAGAUAAAUGUAGGCAAUACAAUAUAACAACAUAUAUAUAAUAAUAUUGUUUUGUUAAAUUUUGUUGUUGUUAUUAAUUAAAUUAAUACUGGUUUGUAUUUCAUAUACAUUUCCAUUUGGUAUCCAGACUCGGGCCAGUACCGGCUAAUUGUAUAAUCUAUGCUGGCGUGAUUGCGGCCCGAUGCCGGCAGUGUCGGCUCAGUUUCGGCAACCGGACUUGGACCAGCGUACUCGGGCCGAUUCUAGCGCGUCAUUCACUCCCGUAAUUCACAAGAGUCCAGCAACCGCAUCCGGGCCGCUAUCGGGCCGGAUCAUUUUGGCUACCUGGGAUACCACCAGCAUCCCACCGGCACCAAAACACAACAUAUGCUGGUCUUGCUGGUAUGACCAGCUAUAUAAAAUAUGCGCUGUACUGUUAAUGGGUGAUGUCACUUACACAAAGCACGAAUUAACUGAAUCUAACAUUAGUUCAAAAGUGCUUUGAUCUUUCAUGGUAAACUAAUAUUGCUAAAUUAAAAUUGUUCUGUGGUUUCAGGAAUGAUAAUAUAAUCUUUCUACAAAGGAAGAGAAGCUGCAAAG